UAAUGUGAUAUAUUUAAAAAUGCAAAUAUUGAGUGAGACAUGCACUAUAUAAGUAAAGUAUCCCCAAAGCGAAAGAAAUGAAAGCUGAGAGGCAAUAAAGACAACAUGUCCUACAUCACCAAGGUUGGUGGCAGCAGCAUGACCAAUGGUGUUACCACUGUUGAUUGCCAUAAACAAGUUCGCUCAUGGAGGCUGCUACGUUCACUCAUUCAACUACUAAUUCCCACUUGCAAUUGCACCUUAGUACAACAAGAUCAUAAUACUAAAUCAAAAAACUGUCUCCCAUCAUCAUCACUCAUUACAUCUACCACAAUCACUGGCACUAUAUUUGGAUACCGUAAAGGAAAAGUUAGUUUUUGUAUUCAAUCCAACUCAAAUUCAACCAACCCAAUUCUUCUCUUAGAACUAGCAAUCCCAACUAGUGUUUUAGCAGAGGAAAUGAGAGGAGGAACGUUAAGAAUUGUGCUUGAAAGUGCCACCUCAUCAGGAUCUUGCAGUAAUAAUAAUAUUAAUAACCUGUUUUCUACUCCUCUGUGGAUUAUGUACUGUAAUGGAAGGAAAGUUGGGUAUGCUGUUAAGCGUAGACCUUCAAGAAAUGAUUUUGAAGCAUUAAGCUUAAUGCGUUCUGUUUCUGUGGGUACUGGUGUUAUAAAUGGAAAGGAGAUUCAUCAAGAAGAUGAUGAGCUUAUGUACCUUAGAGCUAACUUUCAAAGGGUUCGUGUUUCUUCUAAAUCUAAUUGUGAAUCUUUUCAUUUGAUUGAUCCUGAAGGAAGCAUUGGUCAAGAGCUUAGUAUUUUCUUUUUUCGGUCAAGGUGACCGUUAAAUUUGUAGUUGCAGUCGCGAUUAAGUGAUGCUAUUAUGGUCAAUACAAUUGCGGUCGAUACAACUAUAAUUGAAUUGCAGUUGAAAUGUUGUUGUAGAUACUUCAACAACUUUUAUAUGACCGUCGUAAUUGAAGUUGCAGACUGCAAUUUAGAAUUGGGUAAACUAUUCAACUUAAUUAAUGACCCCUUUUUGAGCUGUGCCAAGCUAUUGUGGUCAACCAUGGCAUGGCGGCUUUAUGAUUGCUUGAUGAGUUUCUUACUUUCUUCUUUUAUUUUUUUGAAAAUGUAUUCUACUUUUUUCUUGGUUGUGCUAGACAGGACCAAGACAGUGUGACAAAUUGGGAGAGAGAGAGAGAGCACUCCAAGUUUAUAGACUUUUUUUCCCUCUUUUCUAAUGGAAGAUGUUCUGCCUAAUAAAACUUUUAAUUUCCAUUUAAUUUUAAUGUAAGUGUUUAUUUUUAUUUUUUUACUGAAUGUAAGUUUUUAUUGAAUAAGUGCUAUAUACUCUAAUUCCUUCAUGGAAGUUA